AUGACAAGAUUUAAAGGAGACAAACAAGAAGGAAUUAUUAAAGGUAUUUUAGAUUUUCAAGGAAAAACUUGGGGAGGCGGGAAAUAUAAUUUACAAUUUGGUAGUUUACCCACUUUAUUAAUUGAAAAUCAAACUACUCAAUUAUUAUCUCAUAAAAGACUUCCGAUUUUUAACAAUAUGAAUCAACAAUACAUUUUAGAACUAGAAACUAAAAAUAAAGAGUUAGAAGCUCAAGUUGCUAACUUUCAAAAAGAACAAUCGGCCUCUAUCACUGCUUUUAAGGAAAAAGAAAAAGAGAUAAAGGACUUAAAUUUUACCAAAGAAUUGGUUAAAGGCAAGGAUGAAGUAAUUGCUAACUAUGUUAAUGAAACUCAAGAAAUUCAACAUACUAAGGAAAAGAAUGAUAUUUUAAGCAAAGAAUUAAAUAAAAAUAGGAUUUUAGAAGAAAAAUUAGCGGAAAAAGAAAAUAAUUAUUUCGACUAUUCCGACCAAGACUUACAUAACCCCAAACUUAAUCCUUAUGUAGGAAAAGCUAAGGAAUUACAAGAGCAAAUUCUUGAUUUACAAGAAGAAUUAAGAGAAACUAAAGAAAGGAUUCCCAAAACCCCGAUUUUUCCCUUGAACAAUCAAUUCAAGGGAGAUUUAGAGGACCUUGAGGGGUUGUUUCUAGAAACUGAAAGUAAUGUUCAGGUUUUGAAGUAUACCCCAGCCGAAGAAGUAAUGGAAGAAUUGUAUCCGGAUACAGAUGAAAACAAAACAAUCACUAGUUUAAAUCUAACCCAAAAAGGAUUGCGAGGAGUUUUGGAUUUAGAAGAUUUUGAGAGCCUAGAAGAAUUAACUAUAAAUUUAGAUUACUUAUCAAAAUUGGCUACUUUAACUGAUUUGGAAGAAUUAGGACUAGAAAAUAUUAAGAAUUUGGCAGAAGUGGAAGCAAAAGGAACUAUUUACGAAAGGUCUUUGAAAUCUUUUAAUGGAGAUGAUAAAGAUGAAAUAAUUCAGAAAAUUAAUGAAUAUUUAGAAAAGUCACAUGAGUUUUUAAAGAAAUUAAAUGAAAGAGAUGAAGCACUUAAAAAUUAUUCCUUAAAAUGUUCAGAAAUUGGAGAAAAUAGUAUUAAACAAGGUCUGGCGCUUGCUUUGAUUUCUAAACCCCAAGUGAGAGAUUUGGCAAUCCAACCUCAUCUAUCAAAAAACCUAGAAAAACAAGCCGAAUCCUUACUUGGUAAAGAAUUAACCAUUGAAGAAUUUAAAGAACAAAUCCUAAUUCUCAAAGAUUUAUUUACUAAAGCUGAUUUACCUAAUACUUUUGCUCUAUUGUUGGAAAGUUGGGAAGAAUUAGUGAAAAUUAACCAUAUUUUCGAAAACCUUGGUCAGCGUUUUCCACAUUUUUCUGAUAAUGAUGAAAGUUCAAGUAGCGAGGAUGAAGGUGGUGGAGAAAACGACGAUGAUAGUGAUGAAGAGACAAAUAAUUCAGAAAGCGGUAGUGAAAAUGGCGAUGACAGUGAUAAUGAUUCCGAUUCUGAAGAUAUAGAUAUUAAUUUCACGGAAGAAUUAGUAAAAGAAUGGGUAAAUAACGGCUUUAAUUAUGAUACUGCUAAGGAGUGA